AUGGCUUCCGUUAGCCAGCGGUGCCGCGGCCGAGCGGAUGACAGCGGGAUCACCAGGAACGGKUGCGGGCAGCGCGGCGGCUACCGCGCCAUUUUUUUCAUCCUUCCUAAUUUUUCUUUCCUUCCUUCCCGCAGUUUCCUGCACCUGGCGAUUAUUCACGAGGAGAAGGGCCUGAGCCUGGAGGUGAUCCGGCAGAUGGCCGGCAACCAGGCCUUCCUCGACUUCCAGAACAACCUGAGCCAGACCCCGCUUCACCUGGCCGUUAUCACCGAUCAGCCUGAAAUCGCCGAGAACCUCCUCAAGGCCGGAUGUGACCCAGAAAUCAGAGACUUCCGCGGGAACACGCCGCUGCACAUCGCCUGCGAGCAGGGCUCCCUGCGCAGCGUCAGCGUCCUCACGCAGCACUGCCAGCAGCACCACCUGCCCUCCGUCCUGCAGGCCGCCAACUACAACGGACACACAUGUCUCCAUUUGGCAUCUAUUCAAGGGUAUCUGGCUGUUGUUGAGUACUUGCUGUCCUUAGGAGCAGAUGUGAAUGCUCAGGAGCCAUGCAAUGGCAGAACUGCGCUGCACUUGGCUGUAGACCUGCAGAAUCCGGACCUGGUGUCGCUUCUGGUGAAACAUGGAGCAGAUGUGAACAAAGUGACCUACCARGGCUAUUCCCCGUAUCAGCUCACGUGGGGAAGGGACAACACCAGCAUACAGGAACAGCUGAAGCAUUUGACCGCGGCUGACCUGCARAUGCUGCCAGAAAGUGAGGACGAGGAGAGCAGUGAAUCGGAAUCAGAAUUCACAGAGGAUGAACUUAUGUAUGAUGACUGCCGUAUUGGGGGACGACAGCUGGCGUUUUAAAGCAGAGGUUUCCUGUGAAAGGAAGUGACUGUGUACAUAUGUACAGGAAAAGGACUGGCAUUUUUCUUUAAAAAAAAGAAAAUCAAAAUGUGGAAGAAAAAAGUACUAAAAUACUAUACUGCCCAACAAGAAGCACCUAAUUGUAACAGCAAAGUUCCACGUUCUGGCCUGUGAUUAGAUAACAGGAGUGGAAUAUGCAACGUCAUGUGAUUAUUUACACCACUUGAUAAGGAAUCCCAUAUCCACACUUACAUGAAGACAGUGGACUACAGAUCCAGCAUAGUAUUUACAGGAAUGCAUUUCAGAUCUAUCCAUAGAUGUUAAUUACGAUGAGGAAUACUUGUUCACUUACGACAAGAUCAUAUAAAAGUCCCAUCUUCUUGGAAAUUGUUUCUUAGAUUUGUGUUGGGCUGGUGAUACUUUGACCUCAGCUGCUCUUUGUGGGGUACAGCAGACAGGAUCAACCAAAGGUAUAACCUCCUGGCUGUUAGGGGAGAGGUAGCAAUCACAUUAACUAUYGGCAUUGGAAACUAUAUGUUCCACACAAUGUGUGUCAUAAUUGC